AUGUCGGGCGAAGGACCCGAGAGCAUCCCGACGUCGGCGGACCCGCGGUCGAAGCGCGCGGUCAAGAAGCGGGCGCUGACGCCGCUGUCGGCGCAGGCGCGGGACGUGGACGCGCUGUUCGCGAAGCCGGAGCGGGAGAUCGCGCUGCCGGCAGCGGCGGCAGCGGGGGGCGGCGCGUCCGGCUCGUCGUCGCGGAAGCGCGACCUCCCGCUGCCGCCCGAGAUCGUCACCAACGUGCAGGGCUCGAGCGCCGGCGCCGGGUCCGGCGAGUUCCACGUGUACAAGGCGAGCCGCCGCCGCGAGUACGAGCGCCUGCGCCGCAUGGACGACGAGGUCGCCCGCGAGCGCGCCGCCGCCGCCUUCGAGGCCGCCCGCGACCAGCGCGAACGCCGCGACGACGACCGCACCCGCCGCAACCGCGAGAAGCGCGAGCGCGCCAAGGCCCGCAAGGACAGGGCCAAGGCCAAGGGCGCCGACGGCGAGGGUGGCGACGCCGCGGCCCCGACGAGACCCCCCGCGAAGCCCGGCGUCAAGCCCAGAGCCGAUGUCACCAGGAGGGCUGACGGCGGCGGCGACGACGACGACGAUGAUGGGGUGGCGGGGUCGCCGCGAGGAGAGAACGGGCUAGCAGCGGCAGAGGAGGAGCCGAAGGGGAUCGUCAUCGAGGAGGAUUAG